AUGCAGAGAAAGAUCUACGAUCGGAGGGACCACGGUGCUGGUCGGAGCGGGUGUGAAUCUGUACUCGUCACUUUCUCCUUUGACGGGACACAUCACUAUGAACUAUCCCAGGAGGCGAGCGCCAAUCGCUUGAAGCGAAAAUGCGAUGGCCACCGUCCAGCCUGCCGGCUCUGCAGUGUUUCUGGCGUGCCGUGUCAAUUCGAGGACGCUGGUCCGACUAGGAAUGCAACCAGAGAGGAGGACACUGCCACCACAGACGUUGCUGCUCUUGAACAUUCUGUAUCAUCGAGUCCAUCAACCACAGAGCUGCUCCGGCGAAUCGAUGAACUCAAGUCACUGCUGGGACGGCCCACUGAGCCUGAGCCUGAGCCCGAGCCCGAGCCCGAGCCCGAGCCCGAGGUGCCAGUGCCAAUGCCAGUGCCGGUGUCAAUGCCGCUGGUGGCGCCAGUACCAGAUCCCCUCAUGCCCAAAUCACCUCAGAUGUCCUAUCCAGCUUUCUAUGGGAGCCUUGAUGAGCCAUCCAGUCUCCCGGCAUUCCUCGCCACCGUAUUCUCGCCAACCGAAAUGCCGGCUGGGAUGCCUUUUGGGGCGGACCAGUCACCCUCCAGCUUGGAGGGCUAUCAUACAGACGACGAACCACUGACGAUCCCCAUCGGUCACCUUACGCCCACGAGUAAUUUGUUUUCGUUGCCGGAAGUCAAGAGACUUAUUGGAGAAUACCCCGAAGAUUAUUUUCUUCGCAUCGAAUCCCGCCGCAAAGCAGCUCCUGACCCACCACGGGCCAGCCUUGCUGAAGCCUUUGCACAUCUCAAGUCCCACGAGGAUGAGCGGGAGGCACUGCUAGACGCCUUUUGGUCUGAGAUACACCCCAACUUUCCAAUAAUUGAUCGCCACCGCUUCAAAGUCUUUUUCGACGGGAUUGUGAACGAUGGCCCUGCAUGCAACACCGAUGUGGCCUUGUGUUUGAUGGUGUUGGCACUGGGUCAGCUCAUUAGCAGCCAGCCGGACUCACUUGGCGACUCUAGCAUGCCGCCAAAAGAAGUGGAUUACUUUUCUCAGGCAUAUCACGCUCUAACAUGUGAAUGGAUCACUUCAUUUGAUUUCAACCUGUCCUUGUCGACUGGUCUGGUCUACGGCGCCAUUUACCUCGCCUAUGUACAGCAACCUCUACUUUCCUGGAAAUUGAUCCAUAUGGCGUCCAUAAAAUUGCAGAUGCUGGUGGCUCGACUCAAAACAGACCUCGUGAGCCAAGAAGAGGCCGACUGCGUAGGACGAUUGUGCUGGACUUGCUUCCUUCUCGAAUGGUUGUCAUAUCCACUGGAUCAAUAA